GAGAGACAACACUAUAAAGUCCGUUACAACUUUGGCUUUGCUUAAUAGAUAUCUGUUUGUUUCAAACAGAAGAAACACCUGCAGCCUAUCAUCUAUUCCCUCAAAUUUACCGAUAUGGACGUUUUAAAGUUUGUGGUUUUGAUAGUUGCAGUGUUUGCGCAGGUAUACGGUGCCCUGGGAACUCCAACCAGCGACGAUGGAGAUAUUUGGUCGAUUGAAAACUGGCAGGUAAAACGCACGUCCAUCUUCUGAAGCGCAUAGCUAGUUAGUUAGCAGCAUGGACAGCGCAAAUCGGUCUCUCUCAAAUGGAAUGUUGUAGCGUCCUGCUGCGUCCAAGCUAUUAUUUUUAGGUUUCACGUUUAGGACAUCUGAUAUGGCAAUGGUUGAUAGAAGGCUUCUGUUUUUUAUUCUCUUUGACAAUUAUUGUUACAGCGGGAUCCGUUGGAGAGUGGCUUGGCCAUCCGCGUGGCUGACCUCAUCAAGAGGUCAAAAUCGCAGCAGUUUCACGGACUCAUGGGGCGAAGCUCAGGUAAAUUCAACUUUCAUAUCUUUUGAUUUGGUCAUGUUUUUUUGGGUCAUAGUAAAAUGAUUUUGUAGGCUAUAAUUUAUAGAAAUGAUUAAAAUUCGAAUAAAUUAAACACAUUUCAUUUCCCGAUUUAGGAGACUCUCAACCGAUGCGUCUGGGUCAGAAAAGUAGGUGUUUCAAAUUUGAAAGCAUUUUAAAUUAAAUUAUUAAUUGGCCUGCUUUGUGCUAUAGCCUAUAUUCUGUACUUAUAUAUACUUAUAUUGUGUGUGUUUCAUCAGGAAAUAAAGGAGAAAUGUUUGUUGGACUCAUGGGUCGAAGGUCCUCAAAUGGAGGUAGAGUCAAGCACUUUACCAGAUUAUAAAUAUGUUAGCUAUCAUUCUUCAGAACAAAUUCAAUCUAAUGUAUUUAUUCCAUAUUUGUUUUUCAAGAGUCGCAAGAGGAAUGGAACAAGCCCCAGUAUUACUAGAGAUGAAGAUAUAACUUGAUUGUUCAAAGUUACUGUAAUAAUAAAUCUGGCUCAAAUUAUUAAUCUAGGUCAAAGCAAUCCAAUACAUGCAACAAAGCUUAAUUGAUGUAGCAAAAGUAAGGAAUGUGUAAUAAGGGUCAAUAAUUAUUUGUCCCAUGUGUUUAAAAACUGGGUCAGGGAUUUGCUGCAACUAAUUGACAUUUUAUGCCUUCCUUUACUGUACCAUUCUGUACUGUCCUUUGCAAUACAAACUGCUUGUCAUGUUGAAUCAAGUAAUUUUUUUUUUGCAUAAUAUUGAAUUGAUUGUUGUGCAUACAAACAGGUACAUUUGUAAUUUUUAAAGAUAAUUCACACAAAUGUCCCAUCACUGAAAGCAUUACUGAACUUCAAGAUUAAUUAAUAUUGAAAAACUUAAUUUGCUUUUCUGUGCUUCAUAUCAAAUGCUGAUCAUUUGUCAGUGAACCCCUACACAUCUAUGUGGCAUAAAGGCUCAAUGCUGUUCGAAUUUCCUUAAUAAAAAC